AACUAACAAGUGUUCGUCUUGUCUCUUUCACAUUUUUUUAAAUUCAUUUGCAAGUCAGUCUUCCACGUGCUCCUCAAGAACACUCUCUCCCCCUUUCACACUCACACCAUAACUUCAAUUUCAAUACCCUUUUCUUCAUUUUCAUUCUUCUCUUCUUUCUCCCUCACUCACUUCCCUUUUAUCUCUAUACCAAAAAGCACUUCAUAAUAUCAUAUCUUCCUUUUUACCAACAUAAAGAAACUAACUUAAAACUAAACCCUAAUCAUUCAUUCAUUCAAAUUCCACAACCAACAUGGAAGCAAUGAAAGAAGAAGAUGCAAUAUUCAAUGAUGGAUCAAUGCAACAAUAUUGCAUUAACCAUCCUAACAAAAAAAAACCUGGUGGUAUAUGUGCUUUUUGUCUUCAAGAAAAACUUGGUAAACUUGUUUCUUCUUCUUUUCCUUUACCUAUAACUCCUUCAUCUUCUUCUUCUCUUUCUUCUUCACCACCUUCUUUCAGAUCCCAAACUCUUCCAUCUUCUUCAUCUUCUUCUCUUAGUUCCAUCAUUGUACCUCAAACUUCAACCAAACAUGACCAUCAUAGCCGUUCACGCAUCCCUUUUCUUCUACCAAAGAAGAAUAACAAGAACAAACCUUCAUCUUCCAUCAACAUGAACAUGAAACCUUCAUCUUCUGCUAAUGUUACUUCUGAUAUUGUUUUCAAGCGUAGCAAAUCCACAGCUACACCAAGAAGAACCAAGUUGCUAGAUGAUGAUGGUGAUGAUGCAGAAGGAAACUUCAAUACCAGAAAAAGAAACCGUUUUUGGUCUUUUCUUCAUCUUUCUUCAUCUUCUAAAGUGCCCUCUAGCUCCUACAACAAGAAAAGUGAAGAUAAAAGCUCAAGGGCUGAUAUCAACAGUAGUCCAAGGAUCUCAACUGUGAAACCAAAGUUUUGUUCUUCAGUAGGAAGAAACUGUGACAUGGUAGUUGAAGAAGAGGAAGAAGAAGAAGCUUCUGGUUCAAGUUCCGGUUCUGGUGGUUUGGAUCAAGAACAACGUAAGGUUUCAAGAUCUAGAUCUGUUGGAUGUGGUAGCAGAAGCUUCUCUGGUGAUUUCUUUGAGAAAAUCUCAACUGGGUUUGGAGAUUGUACCUUAAGAAGAGUGGAAUCUCAACGUGAAGGCAAGGGUAGUAAAGUAAUUUCAUCUUCUGUUGUUGCUGGAAAUGGAAAUAUUCAACACUGCAUGAAGGAAAGAGUGAAGUGUGGUGGAAUAUUUGGUGGGUUUAUGAUGCUGAAUUCAUCUUCAUCUUCUUAUUUGGUUUCUGGUGAUGAUGGAAGAGGUAGUAGGGGUAGUUGGGGUUGGGCACUUGCAAGUCCUAUGAGAGCUUUUAGCAGUAAAAGCAGUUCUAAAGACAGCAAAAACACUUCUGAGAAGACACCAAAUUUGUCAGCUGUUCCUUCAUUGCUUACUGCAAGAGGAUAAAUCUUACAGUGGUAAAUUAAUUAUUAACUACAAGGAUAAAAAAAAAGAACCAUGUGAUAGUGUUUCAGUUUGAUUAAUUGAUACAUAAUUUUGCUAUCUUUAGAACUGCUUUUACUGCAUUUGUAAUCUUUCUAUUGCAUUUGUAAUCUGUUUAUUUUGUGGAUGGAUCAUAAUUUUCAUUAAUAAUAUAAUACUUUCAAGAUUAA